GCUGAGUGCAGCGCAAAACUUUCAGAUCCUCCUUUUGUUUGCCAAGCUUGAUUUUUUUUUUUAUCUCAAUUUUUUUUGCGAUGUCAAAAGACAUGAAAUAUCUAGUGCUGGAAAACUACAUCGGUGGGAAGUUUGUGCCAUGUUCCAAGCUGAUCGACUCUUUCGACCCGUCAACAGGAGAAGUUUAUUGCAAAGUUCCAGACAGUGGAGCUGAAGAGGUGAAUGCUGCAGUGAGGGCAGCUAAAGAGGCCUUUCCGGAUUGGUCGGCUAAAAGCCCAGCUGAUAGAUCCAAAGUGCUGAAUAAACUGGCAGACCUGAUAGAGGCUCGACUGGAGGAGUUUGUUCAGGCCGAGUCUAAAGACCAGGGAAAGACUAUCACUUUUGCCCGAAAUGUGGACAUUCCCCGAUCAGCAUACAACUUCCGUUUUUUUGCUUCAUCCGUCCUGCAUCACACUAAUGACUGCAGUCAGAUGGAUCACAUGGGCUGUCUCAAUUAUACAAUCCGCUGUCCUGUAGGAGUGGCUGGUCUGAUAAGCCCAUGGAAUCUGCCACUGUACCUCCUAACCUGGAAAAUCGCCCCGGCUGUUGCUACGGGUAAUACUGUUGUGGCAAAACCCAGUGAAAUGACUUCAGUUACCGCCUGGAUGAUGUGUCAGCUGUUAGAGGAAGCUGGCUUUCCACCAGGAGUGGUCAACAUAGUCUUUGGGACAGGUCCUCGUGCAGGUGAUGCUUUGGUUUCUCACCCUGAUGUACCCUUGAUCUCAUUUACGGGUAGCACGGCUACAGCGAGACUGAUCACUGAACGCAGUGCACCGCACUGUAAGAAGCUUUCACUGGAACUUGGUGGGAAAAACCCGGCAAUUAUAUUUGCUGAUGCAGACAUGGAGCAAUGCAUCAGCACUACUGUACGCUCCAGCUUCUCCAAUCAGGGUGAGAUCUGCCUGUGUACCAGCCGCAUCUUUGUGGAGCGGAGCGUUUACCCAGAAUUCCUCACUCGUUUUGUGGAGGCGACUCGUCGGUGGAAAACCGGGGUUCCUUCAGACCCCUCAAAUGACAAUGGAGCACUCAUUAGCAAAGAACAUCUGCAGAAGGUCAAAGGUUACAUUACGUUGGCCCUUGCGGAGGGUGCACAGGUGCAUUGUGGAGAAGGUGUGGACAAACUUGCCCUUCCACAGCAAAACAUCGGUGGUUACUUCAUGUUGCCCACCAUCAUCUCCGGAGUCAAAGAUUCCUCCGCACUGAUGCAGGAAGAGAUUUUCGGUCCCGUAACCUGCGUGACGCCCUUCGAUGAAGAAGAGGAAGUGAUAUCACGAGCAAACAAUGUCCGCUAUGGUUUGUCUGCCACAGUCUGGUCCCGAGAUGUCGGGCGCGUGCACAGGGUUGCUAGGAAACUGCAGGCUGGGUUAGUGUGGACCAAUUGCUGGCUGGUCAGAGAUUUAAACCUGCCGUUUGGUGGCAUGAAGCACUCUGGGAUUGGUCGAGAGGGGGGGAAAGACUCCUACCACUUCUUCACUGAGGUUAAAUCUGUAACUGUCAAACACUGACAUGGAUGAAGCGGUGAUAGUGAGUCAUGUGUCACUCGAAAUUAUAUAGAGGAAGCAAUCAGGGUUGUUAUGAUUGCGAAUAAAGUUUAUGAGGAAAUCAG